UCACAGACCGGGAAACUAAGCUUGGGGGAAAACUAAACCAAACCUAAUACAGAAAAUAAGCCAAUCUACGUAAGUAUACUAGAUUUUCUAUCAAUGGAAUUUUUCUUCCCUGAUAGCAUGGACAUGUUCCAAGAUGACGAUGCCAGGAUUCAUGGGGCUCACAUUGUGAAUGAGUGGAUCAGGGAGCAUGAGACAUCAUUUUCACACAUGGAUUGACCUCAACAGAGUCCAAACCUCAGCCCCACUGAGAAUCUUUGGGAUGUUCUGGAGAAGACUUUGUGCGGUUCGACUCUCCCAUCAUCAAUAUAAGAUCUUGGCAGAAAAUUAAUUCAACUAUGGAUGGAAAUAAAUGCUGUAACAUUGCAGAAACUUAUCGAAAUGAUGCCACAGUGAAUGAGUGUCGUUCUCAGAGCUAAAGGUGGUGCAAUGAAAUAUAAGAGUGUGUGACAUUUUAUUGGACAGACAGUGUAGGACUGUGGUGUGUACAGCCAGUGUGGGAGGUAAUAGGACUUUUUUUUAAAAUUCAUAUUCUGUCAAGUGCACCUAUGUUCAGUGAAGAACUGGAUUUUUUGUCUUUUCUUAAAGACUGAGAGAGACUCGACAGAUUGAACAGAGUUUGGUAACUCGUUCCACCACAGGGGAACCACAGAGGAGAAGAGUUUAGCUAUCGACCAGCCCUGCUGCUGUUGUUGGUGGUUGUAUCAGGUGCCUUUUGUUGGCUGAGCAUAGUGACAGGAGGGAGUGUAGACCUGAAUGACAGAGUUCAGGUAGGAGGGAGCUGUUUUCAUUGUAUUUUGAAUGCAAAUGUCAGAGUUUUGAAUUUUAUGUGAGCAGCAGCUGGAAGCUAGUGAAGUGAUCUGAACAGCAGAGUGACCUGCUGUUUUUGGCUGGUUGAAAACCAGACGUGCUGCUGCAUUCGGGAUCAUCUGCAGACGUCUGGCCGUGCAUGUGGGGAGGUCUGCCAGCAGGUUGUACUAGUCGAUGUGUGUAUUGCAAUUCUACUACAAAUCGACCACUGUGGACUUAUCGGGACUUAUCCGUCAGAAGUCAUACAACGACUGAGCAGCCUUGGCAGAGAGUACUGUGCUCUCUAAGUGCUUUUCUUGUUUACAAAUGUAUUGAUAGACAGUGGUUCUAAAUUGCACUCAGUUGCAUCCUGUUUGUUUUAAUUAUCCUUGGGAUGUAACAAGCACUUGAUUGGAGCCCUCAUGUGGCAAACUAAAUGGAUGGAGCAGAGUUUAGAAAUCACACACCUGUAUAUAAGAUCCCACAACUGCAUGUCAGGACAAAAACUUCGAAAUUCCAAGAACUCCGUAGAUCACAGCAGUUUUAUUGUAAGCAGGUUUUAUUGACAUCAUGCCUAUAUAUGUCAAAAACAGACACAGGAAAGUGUUUCAGCAUAAGAAACUAAAAAGCAAAAAAGAGAGACAGCAGCAAUCAUUAAUUUCAGAAAAUAUUUCAAAGACAAACACGGAUCAAACAAAAGCAGGCCUAAACAAUGGGUCUUGAACUGCUUUUCAAGUGUCCACAGUGCCCACAGGUCUUAAGUUCAGUGGGAACGAGCUACAAAGUUUCAGAGCUACAAUCUCAAAAACGUCUUUUAUCUUAGCCUGGAGGGAGGGCAAAGAUGUAAAACCAUCUCUAAAGCUUUGAGUGUUCCCAGAUGAGCAAUGGUUUCAGUAACAGUAAAGUAUGAAAACACCAGGACUCUUCACAGCGUUAGGCAUUCAGUUAAACCGAGUAAAUGAGCAGGUCGCUCCUUGGUCAGGGAGGAGGCCAAGAAUCCCACUGUCCCUCUAAGAGAGCUUUCGAAGUCCUCUGCAGAGAACCUGCUGGAAGGAUGACCAUCUCAGCAACACUCCACAAUUAGAGUCUGUUAGGAGUCUGUCAAACAGCUUUUAAAGGACAUCUAGAGCAUUAAAAAAAACAUCAGUUUACCUCAUGAGUCAACAACUGAACCUAUAUGAACAGAAAUUCAAGCACUAUGCCUAGCAAACACCAGACUCUGCUCAUUACCUGCAAACCCUGAAGAAAAGCAUGGUGGUGGCAGCAUCAUGCUAUGGAGUUGCUUCUUAGCAGCAGGGACUGGGAGAAGAACUGAAGGGAGAUUCAGUGCAACCAAAAACAGAGAAGACCUUGAAGAAAACCUGCUCCAGAACACAGUAACCUGAGACUGGGGUGACACUACCUAUUAGCAAGACAGGGAACCAAAGCAUACCGCCAAGACAAUGUUCGGUGGCACUGUCCAAAAACAUGCUCAGGUUAAUUGGUCACUCUGAAUUGUCCGUAGGUGUGAAUUUGAGUGUGAUUGUUUGUCACUCUGCCUUCACCCUUAAUCAGUUGGGAGAGACUCCAGCCCCCGACGACCCUAAUAAAGACUAAGCGGUGUUUAAAUAAUGGAUGGAUAGAAGCAUGUUUUUGGACUGUGGGAGGAAGUCGGAGAACCCGGUGAAAACCCACAAAUGCACAGUGAGAACUUACAAACUCCAUGUAGAAAGAUCCCAGGUCCAGGCCAGGAUGCAAACUGGGCAUCUUCUAGCUACAGUGCUAACCACUGAGCCACUGUGCAGCCCUCUGUAGCACUGUGCCAUUUCAAUAAAGUUGUUUUUUAAGGCGGACUGUCAUAUUCACUGGUCAAAGGCGUGUCACUGUCUGAUCACUGUCCCUUAAAGCCACACCUGACCAGGCUGUGGGUUAAAUUAUGGCUUAAAAAUUUAUCACCAGUUGAACAUCUCAAAAACAUUUUGAGCACAAUUUGCUAAUUUAACCCAUUUCUACUGAUAGAAAUUCAAUUUUUAAGUUUUUCCCCAAGAUUGAAAUAAGACCCUUUUGCAUAUUGUCUUUUCUUUUCUUGUGUGUACUGUUAUUAUAUGAAUACUAUAUUAAGUUGGAAAAUUUGAUCUCCUAAUUAAGAUCAUAUGAUGAACUGUCGGAUUUUCACAUUAAAGCUAUACAGUCUAUAUAAUCAAAUAUACAGAGAUUAUUGUGAAAGUUUUUGCCAGUAGUGACUGACCCACAGAUUUCUCCUGACGCUGUUGUUCCUCUCAGCUCUACAGGGCAUUUUAAUGUUUCAGUGCAAUGAUUUGGUGUUACGAUCUGCACCUUUGCUGUUUUCUUUCCCUCCUGUUUCUCUUGUCAGCCCCUUGUCUAACAGAAAGUUGUUAAAGGUCUAAAAACAACAGGUUAUAUUGGCAUAACACAACAGUACUACUGACAAAAUCCAGAGUCCUUACUACUUUGUGUUUUGUCGAUGUCGGACCGUGUUUUCUGCCAUUCCUUCUUUCUCUUUGCUCGGUGAAGUCCUGUGGGUUUCUGUUUCAGCGAGUUGUUCAACCAAUGCAGUGACCUUAAGGCUUUAAGCAGAUGAGCAGCUUUUUUUGAAUGUCUGUGACAAUUCUAGCCAAGCGUGGGAGAAGGAGUACAAGAAUAAUCAAUAAUAUAGUUGUAUGGAAGGAAUAUUGUGCUAUGGUUGAGUUAGGGGAUUUGUCUGUAAGAUCUACAUUUAGUGCUGAAGUUGAAAGCUCUUUUUGUCACAAAGCUCUUUUUGCUCACAAAUUGAACUAGCUAUUGUUCCUGUCAAAUGUUUACCAAGAAGCUAACAAUUCACGUGGAAGGAUUAAUUUAAAAUACCAAAAAGGAGAGAGUAAUCAGUUGGUGAAGAACUCUUGAAGGAAUGAAAAUUUCUGUAAUCAUUUUGGAAAUCCUCAACAAAACGAGACACUACUUGUCCUCACAGAAUGUUGAAUAGAUGCAUUCAUCGUGAUACCAAUUAACUGAAGCACUUCACCGAAUGGACUGCACUUCAGGUGUAUUGUACAAAAGGGAAUAAGAUCCUUUUUGCAUUUUAUUUUUCUUUAACGUAUAAAAUAAAAGGGAAUAACAUGUACUUGAGUUCCAGAGAAGGAGAGGAAGUUUUUAUAAUGUUAACUCCAGAUCAGGUUUAGAAAAAGCUCCUUUUUGCAUUUGAUUCCCUUCUAAUGGAAUCAAAUGCAAAAAUGUGGUUUCACACCUCCAACUACAUGCUCAGCUCCUUGAUGUUUGAUGAGGUGGAGUGCAAAGUCUUUAUCCACAUCAACUGCUACAACAUGCUCACCAGCAUCUUCACCUUGACCGUGAUGAGUGUGGAGGCCUUGGAUUUCCACAUGCCUGUCAAGGCCGAGACAAUCAAUGUGAUGAUAAAAUCCAAAAAGGAAUUUAUCCUUGACCUCAUCUGCUGGGGGUAAUACAGCAAGCAUUUCCUCUCCUCCUCUGGAACGCGAAUUUAAAAAAAAAAGAGCCACAGGAAGAAGCAGAUUGUAUCUCUGCAUAAACAGACCUUUAGCACUGCAUUGUUAAGAUUCUGGGUAAAUAAAGUAAAUGUGUUUUUCCUCCACUGAAUCCCUCAUGAGGAAAGAUGUGAAUGUGUGUUAAAUAUUUGCAGUGACAAACACAUCCAUCUCUAAAAGUCAAGCAUGUACAGUCUCUAACAAUAGAAACACACCUACAUGAGGGUUUUGUCACUCAUGCAACAGCUGGCCAUGAUGGGUCUCUAAGCAACAACUGUUAGUGCAUGAAACGAGGGAAAGACAAGAACAAUUACGUGCUGGUUGAAAUCUGUUUCCUAUAUGUUGGGGGAGAAAAAGAGGAAGAGCCGGUGAUUUCUAUCAACGAGCCUCUUCUUUAGCUGGAUUUUUUUUUUUAUUUUGAGCUUUCAGUGCUGUUUCAGUCUAUAUUAUCGUGAGUGAUUAAUAGAUGCAUGAGUUAUGGUAGAGUGAGAGUACAACAGAUGAAUGAUAGACAUUUUUUCCAUUAUAUUCCACUGAAAUGAAAGGCAACGGUGAAAAUGAGAGUCUUCUUCUAUUGCAGGACAAUAGAUUCUGACCUGAGUGGAGUCCAAACAUGCUGCUGGGAGAAUGAUUAGUUUUUCUUGGAAGCUUCCUCCCCAUGUCAGUGCUCAUCUUUGCCCAUGCUAUUUUACACAGCUGCUGCUUCUCGUUUCUGUGCUGCUGGCAUGAUGCAGAUGCAAAGAUCUGGAGGUUGCCGCUAAAUGUCCUUCAUACGUUGAUUGUCUCCUCAACAUCUAGGACUCUGAUUCUUUUUUUCUUUUUUUUUGCAGAGUUGCUAGGAAACAUUUCAUAGGUCAUUCCAGAAAUGGAGGACAUUUUACGUUCCACUUAUCAGAUUUCAAAUAAUCCAUGUCCAAAAUACUAAAGAAUGCAGUUGUUGUGUAAAUUUAAUUGUCCUGAGACCAAUUUUUUUUUAAAAAACUAGGAGAAAAUAAUGUCUGAAAAUAUCUUUUUAAAUACCAAAGCAAGUCUGGAGUUCCCCAUAAAAGGCAAUUUUUCUCUUGUCCGACCCACCUGAUGACCAAAUUGAAUCUCAAAUAAAACUGUUAAAAUUAAAUUUAAAUCUCCUUUUUUUGGUACUAUUUUUUUCAUUGAUGUCUCUUGUAAUUGUUUGAACAUAUUUUCAAUCAACAUAGUAUUUUAAAUAGUAAUUAUUAUGCAUGGAAUGUGUGUCCCUCAACAACCCUGUUAGCAUAACCUUUUUAGCUGGUAGAAGAAGAAGAAAGCAGUGAAUCACACAAUACACUGGAAUUACCAUCAUUAAACAAUUUUCCAAAAGAAUUUUGGAAAAGAAAUUUUCCAUAUUUUCAUAACAUAGUCAGCCUCAUUUAAAAAAAAAACUUUUUUCUUUACUUUUUUCCCUCAGUAAGUUUGUCCUCUUGGUCAGCAGUAACAACCAGCUAAAUAUCUAGCUUCUACUGAUGAGAAAAAGCUAACAUUAGCAUGGAUUAGCAACCCUGUUAAUGUGAUUAGAGUAGGGUUAGCAAACAACAAAUAAAGCAUGGAAUAAAAAUGGUACCAUUGAUGUGUAAGCUGAGCCAAUCAAGCCUUUCAUAGUUUAUUAUCUAUUAUCGCUGAAUAUUAAGCAUUUUGUAAAAGAGAAGAAAACUUUUGACGCCCAAAUGUCCUCCAAUUCUAGAAUGACCAUUAUAGCAGCAAUGAAGGGAAAUCUAACAUGUACAGAAAGCUGGGUGCAUGAAACUGAAGCUUUUUUUUCUCUAACAGACAGUUGAAGGUUAGUGUGACUGGAUCUGCUGGUGUUUUAGGGGGUUGUUUAUGAGAAAUGAAUGCAAAACGUAGCGAAUCUAAAUAAAGAGCGUCAAUAUUUUCAUCUGCCUGUGAUUCAUGAGGUUGGUCCCCCGCUGCUGGCUGGAUGCUCUGUCAUAUCUGUUGGCUCAGCCUCUGAUGUCAUUGGAUGAGCAGUGCGGGCUUCCAGUGCGCACCUUCGGGGACGCAGCGGCGACACGGACACUGAAUUUUCCAGCUUGCUCACCAAACUAGUCACAAACCUUCUGUUGGUGCCACAUUUCCUCCGCGCAGACCUUCCUUUAAGCUGCUCCUCACCAGGCUGGCUUCAUCCGAACGAACUUUUCAGAAGCAGAAAAGAACAGCAGUGGUGUGAGAUUCGCAUGUCUUCGGAUGUGUGAGAGCUGCUGAAGUUGAGCGGUGAGUUUACGCCUGGCAGCAGCAGCAGCAGCAGCAGCAGCGUCCGGCACCAUGGAGAGCGGCGUGGUGCACAUCUUCAAAGAGGACCGGUGUCCGUCGGGCCAGCCGGGAGAGUGCGUCCCAAACUUCACCUGGCAGCCCGGCUUAUCCGACAUCUUCAACUACACCCCCAACGGCACCUGGGAGGCUGAAGCCGAGCCCAUGUCGCCCAUCAUCCCCAUCAUAGUGGCCGUGUACUCCGUGGUGUUUGUGGUGGGCUUGGUGGGCAACUGUUUGGUCAUGUAUGUCAUCAUUAGAUACACCAAAAUGAAAACAGCCACAAACAUCUACAUCUUCAACCUGGCUGUGGCCGAUGCUCUGGUCACCACCACUAUGCCCUUCCAGAGCACCGACUACCUGCUCAGCUCCUGGCCCUUUGGUGAGGUGGCGUGCAAAGUCUUCAUCUCCAUUGAUUACUACAACAUGUUCACCAGCAUCUUCACCUUGACCAUGAUGAGUGUGGAUCGCUACGUGGCCGUCUGCCAUCCCGUUAAGGCCUUGGAUUUCCGCACGCCUGUCAAGGCCAAGAUUAUCAAUGUGAUCAUCUGGGUGCUGUCAUCGGCUGCUGGGAUCCCUGCCAUGGUACUCGGCAGCACUAACACCAAUAACGGGACUACAGAAUGUGCUUUACAGUUUCCUGAGCCCUAUACCUACUAUGACACCCUGAUGAAGAUCUGUGUCUUCAUUUUUGCCUUUGUGGCACCUGUCAUCAUUAUUACCGUCUGCUACACGCUGAUGGUCAUGCGGCUGAAGAGUGUGCGCCUGCUGUCGGGUUCACGCGAGAAGGACCGCAACCUGCGUCGGAUCACUCGUCUGGUGCUCGUGGUGGUGGCCGUCUUCGUGGUGUGCUGGACGCCCAUCCACAUCUUCAUCCUGGUCAAGGCGCUGUCAGCCAAUGUCCCUGAGACUACCGCCGUCACGGCCGCCUACUUCUUCUGUGUGGCGCUGGGCUACACCAACAGCAGCCUCAACCCCAUCCUCUACGCUUUCUUGGAUGAGAACUUCAAGAGGUGUUUCAGGGACUUUUGCUGCCCAGGAGCCCAAGGACACAGUGACUGUCAGGGAGUGAGCCGAGUCAGAAGCACCCUACGGGAUCAUUCAUGUCCUGCAGAAGCACGGGGAGGAAUGAAGCAGGCCAGGUCUGUAUGACUAGCCAUGGACAUGUCUUCGAUGCCCCAUCAGGGCUGGGAGGACUCCAAUGACCUGGGCUUGACUCAAAUCACCACUGCCAUCUGAGCAAGAGCCUAGACGGAGAGCUAGAUGGGAUUUCCGCUUCUGUUAUGUUGGUCAAAUAGUCCAAAAACAUGUUCACUUAAAGAAUAAGCAAAGUGCUAAUCUUUAUUUUCUUUUUAUUGUUACCAAAUUCAAUGAAAAGUCAGAGAAACAACAAUGAUUUCAUUCCGCUAAUUUCACACACAAUAUGUUGCCAUGAAUAUUCACUAACACACUAAACUGUAUUAAUCCACUGCUGAAAAUUGUCCCCACCAAAUCCACUAUUUACCCCAGGUUGAAAACAAUUUUAAAGAGCGUCAGACCAACAUGCUUUGGUUUUGGCUUAUUGGAUUUGUUGAGAAAACAUUAGAUAUGUCCUCUAAAAUAAACUUUAUUAUAAACAUUUUAAUCCUGUGAGAAGUAUAAACCUGUUCAGUCAUUCUAUCAUAUUUCAUUAUUUCUGCCAUUCCUACUGAAGAAAUUCAAGCAUCUAUGAGGACAUGUACUUUUCAAAUGAUUUAUGUUUCAUAUCAACACUGCAAAGAUGGAGAAAGAUGUCCAAACAAGACAAACCAAAAGUAUUUAUGUGGCUAAAUUCACAUGACAUGUAUAUUUACAUUUAAGUAAAUAAUAUAGUUCAUACAUGCACAAAAAAAUAAAUUGAUGCUGUAGGCACAGAAUGAAAAUAAAUUAUUGUCCCUGCUUAUUUAGGGAGCAACAUGCAGUACAAGCAUCCGUUUAAAGUGACAUUGUUUUUUGUGAAUCCUAGUUUUGUGCUUAGCUGGAUUGUACAUGUGUGAAUAGCUUUUUUCUCUGCAUAUUCUAACUUUGACAUGUAUGUAUGUAUAAUAUAAAAUAACCUCUCAGGGAUGAAUCCUCUAAUUCACAACUCAAUCACUGAAGGUUCUCAAUCUAAGUAUUUUGUCCCCUCAUCAGACGGCUGAAUUUCACUCGACCUCACUGUGAAAUCAGCAGCUAUUGUUCUUUGAAGGUGGACUUUGUGCUAUAAUAAACUACAAUUACUACAUCUGACGCUGUUCCACACCUUUAAGCUAUUACAGCUGUGAUGUCGCGUCUCACCAUCAAGAUGACGAAUAUUGUGCACAGUGCCAACCUGGCAUGUUCUCACCUCGUCUUAAAUGACAACUAUGUGAAAACUGGGCAGAGGGCUCCAAGGCAACUGCCAACAUGACAGUAACAAACUUCUAUUUGAUUCCAUGUUCAUUCUGUACAUUUCUGCUCAGUGUUGCAUCAUUUCAGCCUUAAAACCGUGUUGUUGUGAACUGGAAUGCUCAUGUCUGGAAGGUGAUAUUGAGCAGGUCAUUUAAAAAGCAACACCACUUUUUCACCUUUAGAUAUUCUACACUGUCUGUGGUGACUGUGCCGUCUUGAGCUGUGGUUCAUUAUAAUGAAUACAAGUCUGUGAAUACUUACAAUUAAGGGACAUUUCUGAUGAUGUAUCUUGAAUUUAUCUACUUCCACAUGAUUCUGUUGUGGUGUAUACUGCGCCUUUGUUUCAUCUUGUAAAAAACGAUUCAUGUGACUGAUUUACUGUCUUGGUUUCUUUUUUUUUGUCUUGGUUUCUUGAAUUAUUGUAGCUGUUGUUGUAGUCACCAGGUAAACCAUAUUUAAUGAAAUAUGUUCUUAGUGUAGAGUUAAGCAUUCAAAUAUUUAUCUGUUCAAAUCUGAUAGAGUAGUGAUAGCAGAAAAGUGUUUUUGUGCCUUGUUUGUGUGCCUUAUGUUUAGCCUCUAAUUUCAGCUUCUGAAAGAUCAGCGUUUAGCCACAUCCAUUUGUUUCCUUUAAGAGUGUUUGAGAUUACUGCUUGAAGUUAUUGUAGCAUUACUUAAGAAAAUCAAAGUUUUACAGAGGAUGUGCUGUACCACCAAUAGCUUGGUUGUAGUGUAGAAUUCCUCUGCUAUUCUAACUUAUUUGAUAAACAACACUGCAUUAAAUUCUAACUGUUUUUAAACAAAACAUCAGCUGAAUUCAGCCCAGGUCUGAGCCUCAUGUACGUCCAGUGUGCUGCUGCUACUGUAUCUGAUGGAUAUUUUGAUGUAUAUUUUAUCUUUGAAUGUCAAAACCUGCUUUAUACAUGCACAACUGAGUCACAAUAAAGCUGUAA